CGUGCGUGGGGGGGUUUGCCUCGCGAUCAGCUCGAGCAGCAGAGGCUGUAAUGAACACAGUCAUAGCACGCGACCGUAUAACAGAGCACUGCAGUUUACAGAAGACUCAUGAACGCGCGCUGCGGCAGUCUGCGGAAUAAAUGAAGAAUUCAACAAUGCUGUGACCAACAGGAUCAAGAUUGCUGAUUGAUGAAUGGUAUCUGAAGGAUACGUAUUUUGUGAAUACGUAGGGGACUGAAGAUUUCGAGUGGCAUUCAUGAAGGAUUUGUUGGCAGCCAGUUUGAUUGGCUGGGUGUUCGUUGACCCAUGUAAGCCCGUUUUCAAAUGAUCAUGGCGAAGACAAACGACUCCCUCAAUCUGUCUUUCCUCCUGGAGCAUGAAAGACAGAUGAUCCUCAAUGUCCUCCAGAAAGACGAGAAGCUCCGUAAACGAGAGGAGAAACGCAUCAGAAAGUUAAAAAAUGAACUUUUGGAACUAAAGCGAGUCGGGCGCCGCAGUUCUGCAGAUCAGCGUGAGUGCGUCGUGUGUCUGCGGGCUCUGGGUCUCAUCCUGCAGAGGGGUAAUGUGUGUACCAACUGUCAUCGGCGCGUCUGCAAUUUCUGCACAGCUACGCCUUCAGACAGCAAACACUGCAAAUGCACCGUGUGUGCAAAGACUGCGGAACUGAAGGUAGUUACAGGAGAAUGGUUUCAGGAAGAAAGAUCAAAAAGGUUUCAACAUGCCGGCAUACCCAGCAGUGAUGUAGUCAAACAGUCUAUUCUCAACAGUCCAGCAGAUGGAGGUUCCACCCAGAGGCAACCCUCUCCAUCAGAGUUGGAGAGAACAGCCACACCCCAGCUUGAGAUACCAGGCACACCUCAAUCACAGAAAAGCACAGGAAAGAUCAGAAAAGGGAAGAAAGCACUUGCAGUGGAAUCAUCAGGAUUGCCAACAACACCCAAUAACAUGCGAGCACAAACACCCCAAAUGCCCACCCAAAUGGAGGGUAGAAACAGGCCGGACGGGGCAGAGAGCGUGACUAGUAUACAAAGUAGUGACAGCGGUCCUGAAAAAAUUACGGAUGGGCGGAGACAAACACAUUCUAGAACACCCUCCAUCGCCGUAUCCAGGGCCUCCCUCUCAUCAGAUCGCAGUCGCUCAGAGGUUGACCUCAGUAUUGCCGGGGAGGACUUCAGUGAAGACCCAUUGGUUAAUCGCUGCCGUUCAGUACCAGGGCUCAACGAUGAGGACUCGGAUGAGGACAUCGAUGCUUUGUUAUCGGCACAUUACAAAACCAACCGGAGCGACAGCAUGGCACAAUCAAUGUCUUCUACACCUGCCUCGGAGAGAAAGUGGGGUUUCCUUAAUGUACCUGACUCAGACGCUGACACUAGGCCGUCACACAUACACUCAAACGUAAGCUUGAGACAGAUGGACAACCCAACACUUAUUCUGUCUGCUCUCCAGACCAGUAUCAACAGUAUGAUGAGUGUGUACAGCGAAACGGGAGACUACGGCAACAUACGGGUAUCCGGGGAGAUCCUGCUUAACAUCUCCUACAGCUAUAAAACAGGGGCACUCAAUGUGCUCGUCCGCGAGUGCCGCUGCCUAGCAACCGGGGAUGAGAGGAAACAGCGCACAGAUCCGUAUGUUAAAACGUAUCUUUUGCCAGACAAAUCCCGUCAAAGUAAGAGGAAAACCAGUAUCAAAAGCAACACUACUAACCCAGUGUUCAAUGAGAACCUAAGGUAUGUGGUCAGUCACUCUCAGCUAGAGACGCGCACACUGCAGGUGUCUGUGUGGCAUCACGAUCGCUUCGGCCAGAACACCUUCCUAGGAGAGGCAGAAAUUCCCUUUGACUCUUGGGAGUUUGACUCGAAUUUAGAGGAAUGGUUUGCACUGCAGCCCAGGAAUGAUCCCUAUGUAGAUUCAGUGAUGCAUUAUAAAGGCGAACUGACAGUGGUUUUGAAGUACAUUCCUGCAGAGAGAAAUGCCUCCCUGCCUGUGGACCAAGUGCAAGUAAAAAAGGGAUUUCUUAAAGGAAAGAAAUUCAUCACUCUUCCUAAAGGUGGAAUGGUGGAGUUGUUGGUUAAGGAGGCCAAAAACUUAACAGCAGUAAAAGGAGGUUCAUCCGAUCCGUUCGUCAAAGGAUACCUCCUUCCCGAUGACAAAAAAAGCACAAAGCACAAGACGGCCGUGGUGAAGCGCACAGUAAACCCACGCUGGAAUCACACAUUCACAUACUGCGGCCUGCAGCACAGUGAUCUGGACAACGUGUGUCUUGAGCUCACCGUGUGGGACAGAGAACCACUCUCCAGCAACGUUUUCUUAGGUGGGGUACGGCUCGGGGCCGGGACAGGUUUGAGUUACGGGAAGGAAGUGGACUGGAACGAUGCUUACGGGGAGGAGCAGCGGCUAUGGCAACGCAUGAUUGACAACCCCGAAGUCCCUCAGGAGUGCACGCUGAUGCUGCGAUCCAGCAUGGCCAAAAGAAAGACUUAAAGAAAAUGACACAAAAAAUACACACAGAGAGUGUUUCUCUGGCAAUACGCAUUAAAUCUGAUCAUCACUAGACACUUUAAAACGCUUUUAAUGUUCUUAGGCAUUAUUCACAUUCUCAUUCCAUUAGUGUGAAUUUCAUACUAAAUUCUUAAAACACAUUUGUUGCAUACUGUACGUACGUCUGUAUAGGCCCUACUGGUACAUCUGGUGUUUACAUUAGUUUGGGUAAUUUGGAGCUAUUUUCUGUGAUUAGAUUUACCCGAUCUUAGACCACAUUCAUUCCUGGCAUUAACACUGACUUAAAUCCAGAUGUAAAAGACAACUGUGUUUAUGGAAUAUUCAUGUAAUCUAGAUAAUCAUAUACACACACAUUAACAUCGGGUGUAACUUGAGGACUGUUCAAAAGAGCACAGUAAACAUUUGAAUCACAUUAUUGUCUAGAAAGAACAAAGCACUAGGCACUUCUUUACACAUGCACAAAAAUAAAUAGCAUCUGCAGACAAAACAUACAACAAACAGUGCUGAAUAUGAUUAGGAUUGUGUUCCUGUUUACAAGCUGGUUGUGACUGGUGCCAACAAUGCCAUGAUCAUGGGUUUGUUUCCCAGGGUAUGCAGAUAGCCUACUGAUAAUAUGUAUAGCUUAAAUGCACUGAAAGUUUGGAUUAUACACCGAUUAAAAAAAACUUCUGGACAUCGGUUGCACAUGAUUAAAUCAAGUUUUCUUAAAAUUAAAUUAACAUUAAAAUAAAUUUCAUUCUAAGAAAACUUGAUUCAAUCAUGUUGAACUGGUGUGCAUAAUUAAAUUAUGUAGAUACAAAUUUUAUUUAAUAAAAACAUUUUAAUAAAACUAAAUUCAAUCAUGUUCAACCAGAUAUUUUUUUCAGUGUAGCAUUUGCUAAAUACAUAAAUGUUAAUGACCAAAAGUUGAGGCGAAGAAAAUUUAUUUAAAGGUGCAAUGUGGGACUUUUAAAAGGAUCUCUUGACAGAAAUGCAAUGUUAUAUACAUAGCUAUUAUCAGUGUUGGGGAAAGUUACUUUUAAAAGUAAUGCAUUACAAUAUUAAGUUACUUUGCCAAAAAGUAACUUGAUGGUGUUACUUAGUUUCUUUUCAUGGAAAGUAAUACUUACGUUAAAUCGAACAAUUAAACUGAAAAGUAACUUGCAUUACUUUUUUAAAGUAAAUUAAAUAUUUAUGUGUACAUUUAGAAAGAAAUAUGUUACUUUACUUGUUACUUCUGAAAAGUAAAAUUAGUACUUAAUGCACAAAAGUGCGUUACACCCAACACUGACUAUUACCAGUGAUGUAGAGACCUUACAAAAUGACAUAUAUAGUUUUUACCUUAGAAUGAGCCUUUUAUCUAUAUACACAUACUUACAUGAAAGUCGCCAUUUCGUGCCGCCAUGUUUCUACAGUAGCGCACAACAGACAAACUGUCCUAUAGAUUGUGUUUUGUUACCACAUUGUUUCUGACGUUGGUGUGUUUGUCCUUUGGCGUCUAAAGUAGCUUCAUUAUGCGUUUCAAAAGGGAGGGGUGAGCUGUGGACUGAGUCCUUGGUUGCAAUUCACAAUCUCACCACUAAGUCCCACAUUGCACCUUUAAUAAAGUAUUGUCGUAGUUAACAUUAUAAUACUGUUUCAAUAUUCUCACAGCAAGAUUUAUUAUUAAUUCAGUUUUUUAUAUGAAUAUUUUUGACAUGUAGCGCAAAUCUGUGAGAAGGAUAAACAUACUGUAUCAUUAGGUCAAUGCAUAAUUUAUAUACAAUCAAAAAGUAAACUGUAAUAGCUAAAAAACUAAGUUUAAUGUCCACAUAAAAAAGAAGUGAAUAUAGAUGUUAAUUCAUACCAGUGAUUCCCAACCUAAUAACAAGCAUUUCCAUGAGCACAUGUAUACAAAGAUGCACAAACAUCUGUAGACAUCCUGAGGUGUGUAUGUAUUACCUCAGAUUUGUCCUGGUUGUGUUGCAAAGCUAAAAAAAAAACAUUUUUGAAGACAAUGUGGUUCUUUAUAUUAAAUUAUCUCCAGGUCAUAGUUAUGGUAAAAUGAUAGUUAGGUAGAUGGAUAUUUUACAAAUAUUUUUUGUUAUGAAAUCCUGUUACCUUACUGUCUGAUGAAGACAAAUUACAAUUCAGCAUGCAAAUGUUACCUCUACAUCAUCAUAGAUUUUAAUGACAUUCAAGCUAAUGCAGAAAAUGUCAACAUGUUUGUUUCAAAACAUGUUCAUAAAAACAAAAAUACAUCUAAUGCUAAAACUAUCAAUCAAAGUUGAAAUAGAUUCUAUAUUUUAGAUGAAAAAAAAUGCCUUAGGAUAAUGCACUAGAAGCACAAAAACAGUCCCAGUACGGAAUUUUGUGGUGAUCCAUUUUGUGAUGUCACUGUGUGGACUCUAUGAAUGCAUAAUGUGUACAAUGUAAAGCCCGUUAUUUUUAAGCAUCAAUUACAAAUCUAUUAGACCUUAAGAACAUAUACAACAUGAUAUAUGAGACUUAAUAAUAAUAAAGUGAUAGCAGGUGUUAUACCAAAUUUUGUGGCAUGUAGACUUUAUCAAUGUCAAAGUGUGACCUCCAUUGUUACAUGUAUAACAAUGUCCAAAAAUGUCUAAAGCUGUUAGAUCCACAGUAUGCUUGAUGCAGUUUACAUCUUCAUCCAAAAGAUUUUCGAAAACCCAUGUACUGGUCUGUACUGUACUUACAUCUCCUUAGGAAAGAUAAUAAACUGUUAUUAACCACC